GAUGGAGAUAUUAGUAUGUAUCCGUGGAAUAUUGAGAAUACUAGUAUGCAUGAACGGAUCAAGACGUGUUUGCGAGAUGUAAAUCUGGACAAUCUUGACUAUGAUGAGCCAAUAUGUUCAUCAAUAAUCGACACUGAAUUUCCACCCAUCUAUAUUAGAAAAGAAUUUUCUAAUAAUGAGUGGGAAAUAAUUUCUGAUAAUAAACAUUGUUACUACAAGCAAUUUUUCAGAAAAAAUGAACGUUUUUUUACGACUUCUGAAGACAUAGCAAUUACACAACAUUUUAAAUGGAUACGAGAGAUGGAGAACUAUAAAAAUUAUGAUGUUGAAAUCAAUGAAGGAACAUGGCAGAUUGAUGCCAUUUUAAUUCCACUAAAAUAUUCUGCAAGAUGUAUUCCGGACAUUAUAACAUUAAUGCCUGAAAAGCCAAGUCGAGCAUCAAGCGAACGAAGAAAUUCUGUGAGUUCUGAUACAUACAAUUCUUCUGACGAAAAUAAGGAAAAUAAAGAAUCUGUCACCAAAAAAAGGAAAAGAAAAUAUGAAAAGCUUCCUUCAAUAGAAAAG